UCCGCGUGACGUCAGCGGCAGCCGCGGAAGAUGGCGGUGGAGCGUCGCGGCGCGCCCCGGCCCUCCCGCGCUCGGCCGGGCGGCGCGGAGCCUUCGCCCCGCGGGCGCUCCCGCAGCGGUGCGGGCGGGCGGCUCUGAGCGCGGGGCGCGGCGGGCGGACCCGCUCCCCGCGCCGCCAUGAGCUGCUCGGCGGACGCCGUGAAGGAGAAGCUGCUGUGGAACGUGAAGAAGGAGGUAAAGCAGAUCAUGGAAGAAGCUGUCACCCGGAAAUUUGUACAUGAAGACAGCAGUCACAUCAUCGCCUUAUGUGGUGUUGUGGAAGCGUGUCUGCUGCACAUGCUGAAGCGCAGGGCUGCCGGCUUCCUGCGGACUGACAAGGUGGCUGCGCUGUUCACCAAAGUUGGCAAGACAUAUGCAGUAGCUGGAGAUAUAUGCAAGAAAGUGCAGGAACUGCAGCAGCAGGUAGAAGGCAGGAAAAAUCAGCCCAAUGGACAGGAGCCCCUCAAGAGGCAGGGAUCUACCACAAGCAAAACACCUGUCCUGACACCUCAGGCCAUCAAACACAUAUGGGUUCGGACAGCAUUGAUUGAGAAAGUGCUCGACAAGAUUGUGCAGUAUAUUGUUGAUAACUGCAGUAAAUAUUAUGAAAAAGAAGCUUUACUGGCAGAUCCUGUUUGCGGCCCAAUACUAGCUUCUCUCCUAGUUGGACCAUGUGCUCUGGAGUACACCAAGCUAAAAACAGCUGAUCACUACUGGACAGACCCUUCAGCUGAUGAGCUUGUUCAGCGACACCGGAUUCAUGGAGUACACGGCCGCCAAGACUCUCCUUCGAAGCGCCCAGCCCUGGGAAUCCGGAAACGCCAUUCAAGUGGGAGCACGUCAGAAGAUCGCUUUGCUGCUUCUGCAAGAGAGUAUGUGGAGUCUUUGCACCAGAAUUCCCGAACACACCUCUUGUAUGGGAAAAACAAUGUCUUAGUCCAGCCGAAAGACGACUUGGAGGCAAUUCCUGGGUAUCUCUCCCUUCAUCAGUCAGCAGAUAGUUUGACUUUAAAAUGGACUCCAAAUCAGCUGAUGAAUGGAACCCUUGGAGAUUCAGAGCUGGAGAAAAGUGUUUACUGGGACUACGCAUUAAUAGUGCCACUCAGCCAGAUCGUCUGCAUUCACUGCCAUCAGCAACCAGAAAACAGAUGGACACUAGUUUUGGUGAGUCAGGAUGGAACUCAGAGACCCCCGCUGCACUUCCCCCAAGGAGGUCACCUCCUCGCAUUUCUCUCCUGUCUGGAAAAUGGUCUUCUGCCUCGUGGUCAGCUGGAACCACCGCUUUGGUCCCAGCAGGGCAAGGGUAAGGUAUUUCCAAAGCUUCGAAAACGGAACAGCAACAAAUCAGUGGACCUAGAGGAAUUGCCAGCUGAAGACACUUCUACAGACUAUGUGUUCAGAAUUAUCUAUCCAGGACACAAGCAUGAUAACAUAACUAUUAACUACCACCACUUAGCUGCCAGCCGCUCUGCAUCUGUUGACGAUGAUGAGGAGGAGGAAGAUAAGCUACACGCAAUGCUAUCAAUGAUCUGCUCUCGGAACCUCACAGCUCCUAAUAGGAUGAAAGACACCAGCGAAAUGAUAGAGAUGCAGGGCUUUGGGGCAAACUUGCUCUCAUGGCAGCUGGAGCACUGCAGCCAAGGUUCGUCGUGUGUCUCCUGUUCAACGGGCAGCUCUCCCUACGAUAUACCCAGCUGUUGCAACUGCAUCCAUGAUAGAACUCCAUUAAAGAUGUUGUGUGAAAGCAUGAAGAGGCAAAUAGUUUCCAGAGCCUUUUAUGGAUGGCUUGCCUACUGCCGCCAUUUGUCAACAGUGCGAACACAUCUGUCCGCGCUCGUGAACCACACUAUUAUCCCACCUGACAAACCAUCCAGUGCUGCAGGAGGCCUGACUAAAGAGGUUUGGAGCAAGUAUCAGAAGGACAAGAAGAAUUACAAGGAACUGGAAUUACUAAGAAGAGUUUACUACGGUGGGGUACAGCAUGAGAUUCGAAAGGAAGUAUGGCCAUUCUUGUUAGGUCACUAUAAAUUCGGCAUGGCCAAAAAGGAAAUGGACCAGGUGGAUGAAGACAUUGCUCUCCGGUAUCAGAAGGUCAUGGCUGAGUGGAAAGCCUGUGAGGUCAUUGUGAAGCAGCGAGAGAAAGAAUUGCAUUCUGCCACGCUGGCAAAGUUUUCGUCGGGUAGCAGCAUUGACAGCCACGUCCAGCGACUGAUUCACAGGGACUCCACCAUCAGCAAUGAUGUCUUUAUAUCCGUAGAUGAAACGGACUCAGCAGAGCGGGACUCAAAGGGUCAGGAUGACCCCGCUUUCACCGUGGUGUCUGGCGACACGCCAGCAGCAGUAGCUGCCGUAGAGCAACAGUCUGUGGAGUUUGACUCCCCCGACUCUGGGCUGCCAUCCUCAAGGAACUACUCUGUGGCCUCAGGCAUCCUGUCCAGUAUCGAUGAUGGGCAGAGUGUCUCCUUUGAAGAUGGGGCUGAAGAAGACGCUAGCACUGACUUGGAGAGGACUGAUCCAGACAUACCACGUAUGCAGAAAGCCAAGUCAGUUGCACUGCAGUCUCAGGAUUCUGUAUCAGAAGAGCAGCUGUGUUCCCAGGUGGAUUAUUUAAUGGAUGUUGCGUCUGUCUGCGCUGCAUCCUACACAAUAGAGUUGUUGGACACUGUUGCCUUAAAUUUGCACAGAAUUGAUAAAGAUGUCCAGAGAUGUGAUCGGAAUUACUGGUAUUUUACUGCUGAUAACCUAGAGAAACUCCGAAAUGUCAUGUGCAGUUAUGUCUGGGAGCACCUAGAAGUUGGUUACGUUCAAGGCAUGUGUGACCUCCUGGCUCCUUUGAUGGUUAUACUUGACAAUGAUCAACUGGCUUACAGCUGCUUCAGCCACCUGAUGAAGAGGAUGAGCCAGAACUUCCCUAAUGGAGGUGCUAUGGACACACACUUUGCCAACAUGCGGUCCCUAAUCCAAAUUCUAGACUCGGAGCUUUUUGAAUUGAUGCACCAAAAUGGAGAUUACACUCACUUUUACUUCUGCUAUCGCUGGUUCCUGCUUGACUUUAAAAGAGAAUUGUUGUACGAGGAUGUAUUUACAGUGUGGGAAGUUAUUUGGGCAGCAAAGCACAUCUCUUCAGAACAUUUUGUCCUUUUCAUUGCCUUAGCACUUGUGGAAGUUUAUCGAGAGAUUAUCCGUGAUAACAACAUGGACUUCACUGAUAUCAUCAAGUUUUUUAAUGAAAUGGCAGAGCAUCACAAUGCUGAGGAAAUUCUGAGGAUAGCAAGAGACCUUGUCUACAAAGUGCAGACACUGAUUGAAAAUAAGUGAUAAUGAACAGACUGUCACCGUGGGCCUCGUUGGGAGCUAUCGGAUGGAGCCUUUCUUGCACUGUAACUUCAAAAUGGUGUUUUAAUUGCAUCUUCCAUGUAAUGUAAUAAAUAUCUAAGAGAUUUGUAACAGACUUUUAAAAACAGAACUUUUCCUUCACCAGAUAAGGUUUGUGUUUGAUAGUCCUUGUUACGCUCACUUUGUAUUUCUAGACAAAAUCUUUUUGCAUUCUCUUAUUCCCCUCUCUAGAAGACCGUCUAUCUACAUAUUUGAGAUAUUAAAAAGGGGGGAUUUGACAUACUAGAACAUUUAUAUUUUGACUUACCGCACCUUUAAAGCCUGGAUGCACGUUGUGUGCUCUGCCAGAACCUUCCGUGGAGGUAAGGCCGGAUCCAGCACUCCCUCAAGUGUUGCAAGCAUUGAACUGGGUCCUUGGAGGAGCACGUUCAUGGAGUCAGUGUCUAGGCCUCGAACACGGAAGAGAAUGUGUCUGAGCUGCUCUUGCUUAAACAUUUGGAUUUGUAUUUAGCAGAGUAUUUAGCAGUAAUUAAAGUAAAUAAGGUCACCAGCUGGGAGAAUGGCCUUAAAAUAAAUAACAUGGUUAAUAUGAGCAGUGGAGAUCUGGCAACAUUAGCUAAAAACAUCAGUUAGCCUUUGCUGACUAGCUCAUGCUGUUGAGGCUUCAUGGCCUACACAUGCCUGCCUUUUACUUUGCAAACUUACUCGGCAAAUAUUCCCAGAUGACAAGAUCUGCCUAAUGUAGUUCAGGUUAACACAAGUUUAGCCCACAGAAACAGCUUCCCUGCUCGCGUUAGCAGCUCCCACGCUCUUUGCGUCUGCAGAGUGCCAUAAAGUUCAGAUCCUACGUUACAGAGCAGACACAGCAGAGCCUCGCCUCCUCCAAAUUACUCACCGCACACUACUAGCCUCCUCUUCCCCGCUCUGCAGAGCUUUCUGGGAGGACUUUCCUUGGUACCCUGCGAGCACAGACCAGGCGCUCGCCUACUCAGGCAGGUAUCGGCACUUGCCAGAUGAAGCAGCUGAAAUUGUUGCGCGGGAUCCGAUCCACUUUGCUGCAGCACCGUGCUGGUUUGUAGAGCCGUCCGUGCGCCCCGUGGAAGUUCUGUGCCACUUCUUUCCCUGCUUGGCCGCAUGCUUUAAGUAGCAGCAUACGUUUCACCCCAUCCUGCGUAGAGAGCAGAGGUGACUGACAGUUAGCUGGGCUUCUGCCCUGGAGCGGCAGACGGGUCUGUUACUGUCAGAGCACUUCAUCGCGCUGUAUAAAAUUAUCACAUGUUUCUAAGUAAAAGUGUAGCUCUGUGUCAGCGAGAGAGAGGGAGGGAGCACGCAGGUUUUUGCUAAUGGGGUUAGCUGCAGGUUUUGUGGACGCUUGUGACCUGUGCUCCUUGAAAACUGAGACUUAGUUUAAGCACUUCAAGUAUUCCAAAGUAUUCCAGCCUUUGCCAUUAGAGCUGCUGUGAUUUGAAAAAACAAAAACCUUACUUUGAAUCUGAACUUUUGUGUUUCUGCCUUUUUUUUUGUUUUUAAUCCUUCAGAGCAGACAGGGUUACACAGCUGUGUUUCCCUUGAACCUUGUAGAGAAAAUAACUCUGUGUGGUUUUAAGACUCACAGAACGGUUUGGGUUGGAAGGGACCUUUAAAGCUCAUCCAUCCCAGCCCCCUGCCAUGGACAGGGACAUCUUCAACUAGAUCAGGUUGCUCAGAGAAGUUUACAUGAAUUAUAUCAGCUCACAUGAGCUUUUAAAAUCAGAAUUUAGCAAAAAGGAGUGUAGGGAGUAAAAUCAUUCUGUUUGAAGACUCAGGUACUGAUAGGAGGUAUUUGCUCUAGUAACUCCAGUCUUGUUAUUACCCAGGCAGUGGGCACUCUUGCUCUUAGCACUAGGCGAGUGCUGCCUUGGGGUCCUCACGAGCCUGAGCAUUGCUUUACAAGAAAAAGGUAGAUAUGGUUCUAGAAAGACCAUGCUUAGAGCUUGCUUUAUUAUUGCAGUAAACUAAAAAUGGGAAAUAGUAGUCUGAAAAGGGAAAAAAAAUGGGCACAAAGUUCUUAGCUCAAUAGCCAAAGCCCUCCCUUAAACUGUUCUCUAAAAAUUUGAGGGGAGGGUGAAAAACAAAAAAAAAAGCCCAACCCAAACCAAAAGUCCCCCGUCGCUGGUGUAGCCAGAGGCCUUCAGGGACGAGCCUGUUGUUCUCUGGGCUCACGAGCAUCACUGUCACAGAACAGAAGUGAGAACAGAUGAGCCCACUCAGUUCUGAGAAAGGUGCUGCGGAGGAGGCUGUUGGGAAGGAAACCCCCUUUCUGCGCAUACCAGGGCUAAAAUAACAGCAGUGGGAGUCACAGAAGGAAAAAGUUAUGAUCAGCUUUACUGCCCGCCCCCGCGCGCCCGAGCGUUCGGGUGUGCUCGGGACCAGGAGCCAAGACGCUGUACUGCAGGCGCGCUCGCAGGCUGAGCUCAUCAUUAUUUAUAGCUGUGUGUCCAACUGUUUUAUAGGCCAGUGCAUGGUUGCUGAAAGGUCUCGAAAGCGCUUCAGUUUGUGUGGCUGUUCACUUGAAAAGUGAAAUACUAUUUUUAAAAAAAUUGAUUGAAAAAUUGAAAAGAGUGAGAAAACCCUCCAACUCACAGAGCCUGCGGAAGUGAUGUUAAAAAAACACAAACACCAAAACUGCACUAUUUUUCUUUGGUAUGUUGGGAAUGUACUAUACAACUUUAAAAAAAAAAAACAAAAAAGCUCUGCGAACUUCACUGUAUUUGUUAUAACAUUCUGUCUAAUUGUAUUUUAUGAAUAUUGUGUAUUGACUUAUUUAUUUUUGUUGGGAGCAGACUGUUCUCUUUAUUGCUCAAUUAUUUAUGUUUCAAUGUAAUAUAUGAAUAAAUACUUAUCGUCAAGGCA